AUGCUGCUCGGCGUUCCAACUAGUUUCGUUGCGAUAUUCUUGCAGGGUACUGUGGCGACUUUCAUCCCGCCGUUCACAGGAGAUGCGCUUGCACGCUACACCAUYAGCGCUUCCGGAAUCAACGCAACUUUCAUGCCGUAUGGCGCAAGGCUCACCAAUUUGUUUGUCGAUGACAGACAUGGAAUUGCUCAGGAUGUCGUUAUGGGCUACGAUGAAGGCGAAAUAUAUGUCCGCGACACCGCCACCAGACAUUCUUACAUGGGAGCCAUUGUUGGUAGAUAUGCCAAUCGAAUCCGGAACGGCACAUUCACUCUCGACGACGAGACUUACUACAUUCCGAGGAACAGCGCAAACAAGAGCACCCUACAUGGUGGGAACAUUGGCUUUGACCAAAGGAACUGGACUUUGAUCUCACACUCUUCAUCUUCUCUUACCUUCGCAUUUUACGACGAAGCGUUUGAGGGCUUCCCCGGUGAUGUCGUAAACUUUGCCACAUACACUGUAUCUGAUGGCCCUCGUCUCACCACUCGUCUGGUGUCCAUUCCACUCGACCAUACCACACCCAUUAUGCUGAGCAAUCACAUUUACUGGAGUCUGGGCGGCUUCGUCAAUCAAGCAGCACAGAAUGUUUACUCUAGCACUCUGCACAUGCCUUACAGCUCUCGGUAUGUCCAGGUAGCCAUUGAUCAAGUCCCGAAUGGUACAAUAGGCUCUGUGCAUGGCACAUACCUCGACUAUACCUCGCCGGCUGUCAUUGGCUCCAAAAUUCUCACUGGUCCUAAAGACAGCURCAGCUUGAAUUGCACAGGAUACAACAACGCCAUGAUCAUCGACCGUCCACGCUCUUCUGGGUUGGAAAACAUCGAUCUUGUUGUGCUAAGCAUGUCUAGUCCGGAAUCCGGGAUCAAAAUGGACGUUCGCACGAACCAGCAGAAUCUGGAGAUCUUCAGCUGUAACUUCUUCAACGGCAGCAUACCACUCAAGUCCAGCCAAGUGCACGAAGGUGUCGAAAGCUCGUACGACCGUCAUGGCUGCAUAGUAGUAGAACCGCAAGGUUGGGUGGAUGCGAUCAAUUGGCCUCAAUGGGGACAAGAAGAGUAUCAGAUCUAUGGGACUGACACUCCGCCAGCUGUUAAUUUGGCGCACUACGAUUUCAGUGUUAUUACAACAGAAUCUAGCGCAAGAGAGGAGUUGUGA